AAUGGCGGACGCCCCUGUAGCCGAGAAAGUUCCGUGGCCAAAUAAGAAAGAAGACUACGAUUUAAAAGAUGUUUUAGGUUCUGGUGCAACCGCUGUUGUACAAGAAGCCUAUUGUACCCCAAAGGAUGUGAGUGUUGCCAUCAAGAGAAUCAACCUGGAAAAAUGCAGUACUGGUGUCGAAGAGUUACUGAAAGAAAUCCAGGCCAUGAACUGGUGCAAGCAUGAAAAUGUUGUGAGCUACCACACGUCAUUCGUCGUCAAGGAUGAACUGUGGGUCGUCAUGCAGCUCUGUGGUGCAGGUUCUUUACUGGAUAUCAUCAAGUCUCGUGUCAAGAGUGAGAACUAUAGGAAUGGUGUGAUUGAUGAAGCUACGAUAGCUACCGUGCUCAAGGAGGUCUUGAAAGGUCUUGAAUAUUUACACGAAAAUGACCACAUUCACAGAGAUAUCAAAGCAGGAAAUAUUCUCCUGGGUAUAGAUGGCAGUAUCCGUAUUGCCGACUUUGGUGUAUCGGCUUCAAUGAAUUCAACCAAAGAGGACAAGCGAGACGCCAAGAGAUACACAUUUGUCGGCACUCCAUGUUGGAUGGCGCCAGAAGUCAUGGAACAGGUUUGUGGGUACAGUUACGAAGCUGACAUCUGGAGUCUUGGUAUCACAGCUAUUGAGUUGGCAACAGGGGCCGCACCAUAUCAUAAAUAUCCACCAAUGAAGGUUCUCAUGCUGACGUUACAAAACGAGCCACCGACGCUCGAGUCCGGCACGGAAGACAAGUCCUUGUAUAAACACUUCAGCAGGUCAUUCAGAAAGAUGGUCGCCGCCUGUCUCAAGAAAAAUGCCAGUGAUAGGUUAAAGGCAAAGGACUUGAUAAAACAUGAAUUUUUUAAGAAAGCCCGAGAUAAAAGUCAUAUUGUAAAGACACUACUGGCAGAUGGUGCUCCGAUUAAACCACAGAAGGUAAAACGUGUGCCGGGAUCCAGCGGGCGUCUUCACAAGACAACAGAUGGAGAGUGGGAGUGGUCGGACGAAGAAUUAGAUUUGAAUUCUGAGGAAGGGAUGGCCGCUGCAGCUGCCGAGAGGGUAAGAAUCGUAGCAAAAAGGUCUCCAAGAGUCAAGGCACCAAUGCCCUCGUUCCCUGAGAAGGAUGGUGAGGCCAAAUCCGAUGGCCUCCGUGGCACGCCCAUGAGCCUGGUGUUGAGGCUAAGGAACGAGAAAAGAGAGUUAAACGAUAUACGAUUCGAAUUUACUCGCCAUCAAGACACGGCUGAUAGCGUAGCGCUAGAAUUAGUUGAAGCUGGUUUGGUCGACGGUCGAGAUAGAUGUGCUGUUGCCGCCAAUUUGCAAAAGAUCAUAGACGACCCGUCACCUGAUAGGACUAUUACAUUCGCCAUUAGUUCCGGCUGCAAAGCGAAUGAGUUGUCAGAUGAAAAAUCUCUGACUGGCUAUGCCCAGUUAUCAUUAACGAAUGCCCAGUCUCCCCCGGCCGUAUAAUCCAAGUGGAAUGUAGUGUAAUUGUAGAUGUGAUUGCUUUAAUUCCCAAUGAAGCAUGGACUAUUGUAUAUGAGACUUCUAUAGAUGCCUGGAGAUCAGCUGUUGUUGCUACUAUCCUUAGGCAUCAGGAUCAGAUUCAGGCAUCACCUGUAUGUAUAAAGUAUGUAAGCCUACACAUCAGAAACCCAAUUUUCCUCCCCCUGUAUGCAAGAAUUUGCCUAUGAAGUGUUUCAGAUCUGCCUCCCCCUCGAGUGAUUGCAUACUUAAAAUGGCUGGCCCCCUUAUAAAAAGGAGACACUUGGACUUGGAGGCCCCAGCUGUGUCUAGGGUGGUUCAGGUCUUUAGGAUGCCGGUCCAUGGAUUCAGUGUAAACAGUAUGUCCAUGGCUGCACUUACAUUGUAUGUGUUUCUUCCUAAAGGCAUCGACUAUGGAUUAAUAAUGGUUCAUCGCCUCUAAGGACUCACUUAUGACUUUAAACUUAUAACAAUACUUCUAUUCGACAUCUCUGAAUAACCGUCGUACUUAUAGAUUAAAACAUCAAAAUGCUAUAGCUUUGUGAUUUCCUAAUUUCCUCAAUCCUGGCUUUUGCAAGGCCUGUAUAUACUGUACCAUUAAAACUAAUUGAGUUGGCAGUUUUGUAACAUGAGGAAUAUACCACUUACAUGUAAGACUGUAGGUUGUGCAGCAUGCAGGAAGCAGUAUGUAAAAAAAGGCUGAAAAGGUUGUAACUUUGAUAGUUGUAGGAUAGAGCUACUUGAGCAUGAAUUGUGAUUGGGCCUCAAUGGUUGUUUAAUAUUUGCUUCAAGGAAAUAUGACAUUUUUUUGUAUUUAAUGAAAAAAAUGAGCAGACUCUGGACAGUUGCAUGUCAGGCUUACCAGCUGCCACAGAUCUUUCUCAUGAAGAGCUACUGUAUAAUAUGUAAAUGAAUACAUUGUAUGAAUGUUUAUCGACCUCCUGCUUGAUGUUGAGAAAGGGUUAAAGCAGACAUGACCUAACUCCAGUUUGGUUUUAGAUGAGUGCAUGAGAGGUGGGGUGCAUUGAGAAAUACGCUAGAUUUGUUUUGCAUAUGCUCUUGUAAAAGACAAUAUUCGUUUUUAAAGCUUUGAAAAUUUCAAAUUUUGCCACUGCCGAUUGCCUUACACUACAGUAACCACUGCAGUCUAGCGAGGCACAGUGGCUGCAUACAUUGUAGUGCAUUAUACACUAUAAACUGUGGUUAAUGGUAAUUCAGUUGUCUUAAUAGAAUGAUGAAUAACGGUGUCUGAAAUCCAAAGAUCAUGGGUUCCAAAACUGCCUUGUGCACGCUUCGGCCCCAAGGUGAGCGUCAGCUCUGUUUCUUCAUGCACUCUCCCAGUAUUGCCGUUUCAUGUAAAGUUGAGUUUUCUUGGACUGUUUGGAAGCUGAUGUAUAAAAUGUGCUAUGACUUGAAUAAUCUUCUAAAAUUAGAUGCUUGAUUAGGAAAAUAUGAUUGAAAGAGCGUGUGUUCAUUCGAAGGGAGUUCUACUUGUAUAGAGUGUGCAACAUUAUGUAUCAGUGAGUCUAUGUGCUACUGAAUGGUUGGAUAGAUUUCAUUUUAUUUGUCUGAAGUUUGAAUUUCCAUUCUGUUUGAGGAUUCCCUGAGAGAAAGACCAUUAGUCUUCAUUGUAGCUGAUUUGAGUACUUUAUCUUUCUCACAAUGGUCAGUCAUGUGAUAAGGUCAACAAUACAAAUUAUUGGAGGUAGGGAUCCUAGUGUGUUGCGAGUGAUCAAACUCAGUGGUAUUCGAGCAUAGGUGGCUCUGGUUAUGAACGUGGCUCAUCCAUCGGGGCCGGUCUGGGGCCGAGUCUUGGCUGAUGGUAAGACCGCCUGAGUUAGAGCAUACACUAUGAAAACUAUCUCAAUCAUGAGUCCAACGUCUUCUGUAAAUUUCUGUUCUGUAUAUUUGUGUUCUGUAUAUCAACGGUGCAAGUUAUAUUCCUCUGUGGAAUCUCCUGUAUUUUCUGCGGCAGACUUAGAGUGAAUGUUCAAAAAUGCUGCUAGAAUAGAAAAUGUCAUGGUAAUGUUUUGACAGACAGGUUGGGGUCGUUCAAUCAGUGCACGCAGUAACAUUGGUGUCAAGUCCCAAUGCUUCUCAUGCAUAUGAAACUUACUGGAGUGAUGUCUUAUGUUGGGUUGAGCUAAUGCUUGCAUUUAAACCCAAACGCCAAUUAAGUGCUUAGUUCACUACCUUACCCUGACAGGAAACCCAGGAGAUAGUGCACAGACUUGUAAAAUAUUGGAGCUAACAGUCCUAAUCACAAUUGACAUCCCUAAAGUCGCCCACAUGUAUGUUAAGGAAAUGGUUAUGAAAAAUGUACAUGUAAUCUACUUGAAUGCACAUCCAUGUACACCCCUCUCAUAGUCAUCACAGUGAUAUGCUGGCAACCGGUGUGCACGAAGCUUGCAUGCUCACAGAACAUAGGUUGUGUGCAGCUUAUGCGAGGCAGUGGGUAUGUCAAUUGUGACUUGGACUGUAGUAUAGAUACCUGUAUCAAGACUGAUUGAGAUGUUUAGUUGUAAAACUAUUCUUCAUGUAUAUAUUGAUUCAUUUGCAAAAGUUAGGAGUUCAAUACAGUAUAUCAGU